AUGGUGAUAUGUGAUGUGUCCUAUAACGUAGCACAUACACUUCCGGUGAUAAAGUUCCGUGAAGAGCGCAAGGCUCAAGCACUACUCAAAGAGAGUCAAGAGAACGGUUCUUUGACUGGACUGGAGGAAAACGCUCUGGCAGAUCGUGAUGAGGAUCAAGAUGUUCAUUCUGAGAUUCUUGGAGAUUGGUUCCCUGUUCUAGUCAUUGCAGGCUUCAACGUGUUUGACUUGGUUGGAAAGUCUUUGACUGCUGUUUUCAUGCUUGUGGAUGAGAAAACCGCUGUUGGUGGUUGCAUUGCGAGGCUGUUAUGUUACCCUCUCUUUUGGGUCUGCUUGCAUGGUCCGAUGUUUCUUAGGACAGAGAUUCCUGUAGCUAUAUUGAGAUGCUUGUUGGGACUCACUGACGUUAGUGUGUUGUUUUUGGUUCUUGGUCUGGCCUCCGGGUCAAUGUAA